GGGUGUCUGCAUAUAAAUAAACAAGGGUUUAUGCUGAUGAAGGAACUGCCAUCAUUGACUUUUGGAUGCAAUUGGACACUUUAAAACAUUACUUCUAAGCCAAAUGUAUUAUCUGAUUAACUAAUGUUAUCAAGCAAGUUACCAAGAAUUACCAACACUGGAUGACAAGUGUGAACCUGUGAUUCAGUACCAUGGAUUUAUCUGACUUUGUUGAUGACCUGGAUGAUGAUAUUGCAGCUCAGUAUGUUAUACAUCAGAGCCUUCAAGACAUCUACAGAAAAGAUUCUGUUGUGGAUGACAUUGAGAGUAGCAGCUCCUGUUCCAUGAGUCCAGAACAUGACAAGAUUGUUGCAGCUAUUCGGGUUGGUGAUGUACAGACACUAACAAAAUUGUGUGCCCACCAGUCAGCAUUUCGGGAGGCCGAUGACAGAGGCUGGACUCCACUUCAUGAGGCUGCCGCUCAAAGAGAAAAACUCAUUCUGGAAAUAACAUUUAAAUCCUCCAGUUACAGUGUUUGGGAGAAGGAGACCUUGAAAGGUGAAACCCCCCUGUUUCUAGCGGUGAUCCACUGCAGGCUGGACAACGUCAGCUUCCUUCUGUCCAACAACUGUGAUCCUGAUGCAAAGGAUGAUUCAGAGGAUUCCCCACUUGUUAUAGCAACACGCAAUGGUUCUUACGAUAUCGCAUCUCUGUUACUGCGUCAUAAUGCCAAAGUGAAUUUACUGUGCACCGAUAACAGGACGGCUCUUCACGAGGCGGCCAAACUGGGGCAUAAAGACAUUGCAGAACUUCUGCUUCGUACAGGAGCGGAGCCCAACUCUACCAGUAACUUUGGAUUUACACCUUUGGCUCUAGCUGCACAGAAGGCGCACACUGAUGUUAUGGAGCUCCUCAUUCAGAAAGGUGCCAGUGUUAUGGCACAAGCCUCAGACUCUGCAUCUAUUCUGUUUGAAGCAGCAGCUGCUGGUGACCCAGAUGCUGUGUCUCUGCUCAUGGAGUACGGGGCAGACGCCAAUGUACCAAAGCAUUCCGGCCACUUGCCUAUACACCGGGCAGCGUACCGAGGGCAUCUCCUGGCUCUACGGACGCUGAUCCCAGUCACUGACAUUGCUGCGAUUAGGAGAAGUGGCAUCAGUCCAGUCCACUCAGCAGCUGCUGGAGGACAUCCCGAGUGCCUGGACCUUCUUCUCAGAUCUAAUUUUGAUGUCAAUUUCAUGCUGGCCCAGAGGGUCCGCAAGGGGUAUGAUGAUGAGAGGAAGUCUGCCCUGUACUUUGCAGUAUCAAACAGUGAUGUUUCCUCAGCUAAACUCCUCCUAGAUGCUGGAGCCCUCCCCAACCAAGACCCGGUUAAUUGCCUGCAGGUGGCGCUACGACUGGGGAACUACGAUUUGGUCAACUUGCUGCUGCGCCACGGUUCCAACGUCAACUACGUAUGUAGGGUCAACCCUCUGCACUUUCCGUCAGCCCUACUGUACGCUUUCAAAGAUGAGGUCAUGCUGAGGAUGUUGCUGAACUACGGAUAUGACUUACAUAAGUGUUUUGAAUGUCCUCAUGGAAGUAAUGUGCAUUCUAUAAGUGGAUAUGAAGGAUGGACUUCUACUGUUAUCAAAGACACAAUGUUCUGCGAGGUCAUAACGCUGACCUGGAUGCAGCACCUCUGUGGGAAUGUUGUUCGGGUCAUGCUGGAUUACGUUGACCAUGUUGAGUUUUGCUUGAAGCUGAAAGAGACUCUUAUGAAGCAAAAGCUCUGGACUGAAAUUCACUACAUAUCAACAAAUCCGCGCUCGCUGAAACAUCUGUGCCGCUUGAAGAUCAGGAAGUGUAUGGGGCGGCUUCACCUGCGCUGCCCGGUUUUUAUGUCAUUCAUCCCUCUGCCCAACCGCUUGAAAGAUUACAUACUGUACAAAGAGUAUGACUUGUAUGGACAGGGGAACUUUACACAGACCUGGAAAUGAGCUAUUGCUUACAUAGGAAGAAGUUGGUGGCAUCCUCCCUCUGUGUUCUCCUGACCGCCGGACACAUAACCACAUCCCACUCUGACAGUACCAUAUAAUGAAGAGGAGAACACACAGCAUGAGCAAUGGAGGAGCUCUUUAUAUGGUGGCCUUUCUGUCAGAUUUCAGUGAUGUCAUUUCUGGCAGAUUUCAGGCUGUUUCGGUGAUGUCAUUUCCCAAGGAAAACAUUAAUGUGUGACACGGGUAUUGAGGAAGCAGGGGCAAAGAGCGGCACAAAAUGUUUUCUUUUUCUUUUUCUCCUCUAAUUAACUCACAUAAUUUAGAUAAUAUACAGGAAAUAACUUGAAUGAGUUGAAUACCAAACAUUACAAUGAAGUGUACAGGCAGUGGCUGGUUGUAAAUUGCUAUUUUGCCCGUAACUCUGACUAUUGUACAUGUUUACAUAAUGGAUUUAUUGCUCCUUUAAAUAAAAAGUUGACCGAUCCAUUAUGCUACUGUGAUCAGUAAUACAGAAGAGCAGAAGCUGCUGCUAGUGUCAGCAGUUGGAAACAUUCUGCUAGAGUUUAUGUAUACUGACACGUAAUCAGUAUAGAGAGAAUGGUGUUUGGUGAACCAUCACUAUGGGGGUUAUUCAGAGUUGUUAGCAAACCAAAAAAGUUAGCAUUUGGGCAAAACCAUAUUGCACUGCAGGUGGGGCAGAUGUAACAUGUGCAGAGAGAGUUAGAUUUGGGUGAGGUGUGUUCAAACUGAAAUCUAAAUUGCAGUGUAGAAAUAAAGCAGCCAGUAUUUACCCUGCACAGAAACAAAUAACCCACCCAAAUAUAAUCUCUCUGCACAUGUUACAUAUGCCCCACCUGCACUGCAACAUGGUCUUGCCCAAUUGCUAACUUUUUUUGGUUUGCCAACAGCUCUGAAUAACCCCCUUCAUCCUGAAAGAGACAUGGCACGAAUAUGUCCGGAGUGUUUAUUCUCACCGCAUUAGCAUGUUUGUGACACUUUUGAGCAAUUCUCUUUCCUCAGAUCUUUAUUUGUUUAUUGAUCCCCAUUGUGGGGUGCACGCUGUAACUUACAGUGAUGCCAAUCGAAGGGCCAUGCGGGCAUAUUUGCUGACUUCAGACUAUUUAAGAUAUAGCUUGAAUGUCUGGUGUCUAAGCAAUAGGUAUCCUACACUCUUUGUGGCUGUAGUACACAUUUACAUUCUGUAGGCAUACAGUUUCCUAUUCCUAUUACCACCGCCAGCUUGUUUCUGACCAUCUUCUAUGACUUGUGGUCCUGAGCCUUGGCCCAUGUACAGACUUCAAAUCCGUGCUGCCUGUCCUUCAGACCCCAGCCUUCAUCCCAUUAUUACCAUGUCCUUCUCUUCUUCAUACCAGCUGAGGGGGAAUGGAUUUGUGGCUCUCUCUCAGUCAAGCCCAGACUCUGUGCCCAAGACAAGCCAGCACCAGCUACUAGCUGCAGAAUGUGCCCACUACAAGCUCUUCCAAAUGGCCUAUUACACAUUUAACUCCACUGGUUUGUCAGAACUGUUCUCCACCAUACAACAAUUUACAAUCAGUCACCUGUCAUGUACCCAGAUUUGUUUCAAUCCCCUAUUGCUUUAGAUUGUAACCUCUUUUGUUUUGACCAGGGUUCUCAUUCUCUUUGUGUUGGAAGGGUUUUUAACGGCUGUGUAUUUUAUGUAUACUAUAUGGGCAAAAGUAUUUGGACGCCUGACCAUUGCACCAACAGGGACUGUAAUGACAUUGCAUUCAAAUACUUAUACUUAUACUUUAAUAUGGAGUUGGGCCCCAGUUUGUAGCUAUAACAGCUUCCACUCUUCUUGGGAGGCUUUCCACAAUUUUUUAGUGUUUCUGUGGGAAUUUGUGCCCUUUUAAUCUGUAAAGCAUUUAUGAGGUCAGGCACUAAUGUUGGAUGAGUAGGCGUGGAUUGCAAUAUCAGUUCCAGUUCAUCUCAAAGGUGCUCGAUGGGGUUGAGGUCAGGGGUUGGGCUCUGUGCGGCCCAGUCAAGGUCUUACCAGACCAAACUCAUCAAAUCAUGUCUUUAUAAUCCUUGCUUUGUGCACAGUCAUGUUGGAAUAAAAUAAAGGCCACCAAUUUUUAUUCACAUACAUUUAAUUUUACUGAUAAUAAUAUAUCUAUUUAAUUAUCCUUUAACUGAUGGGAGAUCAUUUCUCACAUUCUUGAGCGCCACAUGUUUACUUGUAAGUUGUUUUUGGUUAGCACCUGAAUGAGAUACCACCGUUACUAUUUGCUAAAGCUGCAGCUGUAGAUAAACGGUCAUUGGAAGGUAGAUUGUUUAGGUGUUUUUUAGUACAUGUGACCUGGUACAUGUCUAGCCAAUAGAAAAUAGACCGUACAGACUUCCUGCUAAAUUGUAGUAAACAGCUCAGACUUUUUGUCCUCAAGCCGAAUUCAUACGUUAGAGCAAAUCUCCAGGUCACACAUAGAUAAGUUAGAAAAAAUUACUUUAAAACAUAGGAGACAACAUAGCAGUAAUAAUUAGCAAAUUAUACUGAUCAACACAUUUUAUUGGCAAUCAUAUUAGAGUGAUUUUGGGGUAACUUUGUGGUACUGAUUCCAAAUAGGACAUCGGUUUUGCUAGAUUGGCUGUAAUUUAUAAAAUACACAGACAAGAAACAAGACAAACACAAUAGACAACAUAAACUGCUCAACUGCCACCAGACAGUAGCCGCUCACUUAUAUACAGAAGGCUAUAAUUUAUGGUGAUUGCAGAGUAAAUACCUAGAAUAUUCACGUCUCCCCUUCUAGAAUGUUAACGUAGAUCCCCAUAUUCAAGCAUAAUGGCUAAGUUUCAUUAAUUGAGGAUAUCCAAAUCUCAAUAACUAGAGCCAAAUCAAAAUAGUACUUUCAUUUCUGAGUUCAGCACCCCCAAAAUAACAUAAAAUGUGCUCAAAUAUCCUUAGUAACUAAACACAUUUUUUGGGGGACUGUUACUACUGCAUAUUAUCAAUGAAGGGAUGUGAAAACAAACAUGUAUAAGAUCACUGUCAGCAUCAAAUAAGAAGGAUUAUAAUGAGUAUCUAGUGAUAAAUGUGGCAUGGUAAUGUGUGGUUUGCCGACUGCGCAGAGACAGAUCAGGUUGUGUAUUUCGCAUCUUCCAAGGUCAACUUCAAUAUGGCGGUUGCACAGGAUACUCUGUGUACAGAAACAUUAGACAUGGUGAUCAUGAUUGGAUGACCAUGGUGGCUGGCACUUGUAUUGCCUAUGUUUUUGUUAAAGGCAAUAACUUAGCAUAUCCAUGCAUACUGUAUGAGGGGUUUUCACCAGAAAUAGGGUUUUUUGAUUCUGAGGGGCAGAUUUAUUAAGCUCGGUGAAGUGAUAAAUUGGAAGGUGAUAAAGGACCAGCCAAUCAAAUCUUUACUGCUAUGUUACAAGCGGAGUUUGAAAAUGACAGUUAGGAGCUGACUGGCUGAUCCUUUAUCACCUUCCAAUUUAUCACUCCACCGAGCUUAAUAAAUCUGCCCCUGUAGUACUUUAACUUAAGAAAAUGUUACUGAAAGGCAUGCAACUUUGUUUCAGAUGUAGAAUUUGGAUCAAAUACUGUACUUUUAACAGAAAUUAAGGGAGAUCACUAGUUCUACUUUAACUGUAGAUUUUCCAUUAACUCAUUUAAUUUUUUCAACUUCCUAAAUAGACAUUUUAGGAUGCCUAAACCCCAAUAACCACCGCGAAUACACUUUUAGAUAAGGAAAAUGCAAAGUCUGUUUAGUAAAGGUUUUUUUAGUAAAAGUUUUUCUUUUAGAUUAAUGAAUAAAUACAUUUACAUACACAAUAAAUUCCAAGUUAGUACAGUCUUGAAAAUUAUUAACAGUUUAGUGUUAUGAACAAAUCACAGCCACUUACAAAACAAUGCAAAGCAUGGUAUAAUCCUCAAUCUCCCCCCCCUCCCACACACACACUCAGUGCCUCUGUCUCACUCUGUCCCCCCGGCAAUUGAUGUAGUGUAGAGGGGCACUGAUUAGAUCAUUUGCUAACGGAAUGGCUUGCCGGAAGGAGCUAACCGAGUUUGAAAAGGGGAUCAUUGUAGGCUGCUCAAUGUCAUGUUUCCAGGGCAACAUUGGACUGGUGUACAGAAUAUUCGAUAACCCAGAUGUACUGGCCAGCUCAGAGUCCAGAUCUUAAUCCCAUUGAGAACCUCUGGGACAAACUGGAGCUAUGGGUGCAUUCUAGGCCAACUGGACCGUCUUCAGUGUCACAGUUGGUCAAUGUACUUAAGGCGGAAUGGCAAAACAUACCGCCUGCUGUUGUCCUGGAACUUGUAGGUAGUUUGCCAGAAAAGGUGUCUGCAGUAAUUACUGCACGUAGUGACUGACAUCAAUAAAAUCUUGUUGCUCUA